AUGGACACAGGACGCUACAAUGUCAAGCCACCUGCCACCAACCUGCUGCUUGUCGAGGACGAGUUCCCCGAAUAUGAGCCUUUUGAAUUCAUGGAUGACCCGGUUGACGGGGACGACGCGGAUGACGCGGUGGCGGUACCGCGCCAAUACAGUCCCGGGAGAGGUGAGCCACUGUCUGUGUUGGACAUCGACAUGUGCCAGCAAAAGAACAUGCCGGUCCACCGCACCAACUUCUACGACAUCCAGAACCUGGUGGUCCGUCGGGGAGACCAGUUUGUUAUCCGUGUCACCUUUAAUCGACCUUUGACCAACGAAGACAGAUUCAUGCUGGAGUUCCUCAUUGGUUCCAAACCGGCACCCAAUAAGGCCACCCAAGUGGUAGUGGACUUCACCUCCCGCAAGCAGGGUCGCUGGCAGGGUAAUGUCGUGGAGAAUCAAGGUUCGUCUGUCAUGUUCGGCAUCACCUCGGCUCCCAAUGCCAUUGUGGGGAGGUACCGCCUGUAUGCAAGAAUAGUGACAAGACGUGGUCUGAAGCGCAGCAAAAGGAACCCCGCCACCGACUUUUAUGUGCUCUUCAAUGCCUGGUGUAAGGAGGAUAUCGUGUAUUAUCCUGAUGAAGAUGGAAGACAGGAGUAUGUCAUGAACGAAUACGGCAUCAUCUACCAGGGUUCCAAGGACACGAUGAUUGCCCGCAGAUGGGUGUAUGGACAGUUUGACCGUGGCAUCUUGGACGCCUGCAUCUACCUCCUGGACGCAUGCCGCAUGCCCAUCAGCAGCCGCGGCGACGCUAUCAAACUGGUCCGGAAGGGUUCUGCCGUGAUAAACUCCCAGGAUGAUGACGGCGUGCUGGUGGGCAACUGGAGUGAUGACUUUUCAGGAGGCACGGCCCCCACGCUGUGGACCGGCAGCGUGAAGAUCCUACUGCAGUAUGCCAACACGGGCGUGCCAGUGAGCUACGCCCAGUGCUGGGUGUAUGCUGGAGUCUUCAACACCUUUCUGCGCGCUUUGGGCAUCCCGACCAGAGUCAUCACCAACUUCAGCUCGGCUCACGACAACACGGGCAACCUGAAGAUUGAACUCAUCUUCAAGCCGGAUGGCUCACCCGACGAACGGCACACAAAUGACUCCAUCUGGAACUACCACUGCUGGAACGAGGUCUUCAUGCAACGCCCUGACCUUGGCGCAGCACUGGGAGGCUGGCAGGUGGUAGACUCCACACCACAGGAGACUAGCGAUGGACUCUACCGCUGCGGGCCAGCCUCGGUCAUCGCCAUCAAGGACGGUCUGGUGGGAUACCCGUUUGACGGCCCCUUCAUUUACGCUGAGGUGAACAGCGAUGUGGUCUUCUUAGAGCGGGACCGUUACGGGAACUUGACCACCAUGGGAGUGGACACCACUCUAGUGGGACAAGCCAUCUAUACCAAGCAUGUUCUCAACAACAAUGCCAGAGACAUCACUCACCAGUACAAGUACCCUGAAGGAAGUCGUGAGGACACCAUGUCUCUUGCGAAGGCGGAGAGCCACGGCUUAGAGAGAGAUGAGCCGACUCCAAAAACAAAGAUUACCGCCACCCUCUUAGUUGACCAGGUUCAACUAGGAGAGGACGUGAACAUUGUGGUGGAGUUCAAGAACCACGGGGACACUCCUGAAACAGUGAAGGCAAUGCUUUCAUGCACGGUCGUCUUCUACACCGGCGUCCUGUCCAAUCGUUUUAAACAAGAGUCGCUUAGUGCGACAGUGGAGCCUCACCAAACGGCGCGCCAGGUUGUGACAACCACCGCUCAGGAAUAUGUGAAACAUUUGGGCUUUCAGCGUUACCUCAGCUUCAACCUGAGCGGCCGCACUGAAACUGAGAACGUAAGCGCCCUCAAAGUGAUCUACCUGGCCACACCAUCCCUCCAGCUCGAGGUGAGCGGGCCUCAUGAGGUUGGCGAGGAAAUGUUCGUCACGGUCAGCUUCACCAACCCUUUUGACUACCCUCUGCUUGACAUUUACGUGGCCUUGGAGGGCCCUCGGGCGCUGCCGUACAGGACUCGCUUCUACAAGACCCUUGAACCACAAGGUUCCUUUUCCUGGAAGGUCUCCUUCAUGCCCCAGGUGGUAGGAAAGCGCACCCUGGUGGCCGUGAUGUACUGCAGCAACCUGUGCGAGAUUUGGGGCACUGUUGAGUUCAAUAUUGGGAACAAUUAG